UCCUCAGACAGGGCAAUGUCAGGGGUGGAGGAGACUUUCCGCAAGUUUGCGACCUAUGGUGACACGGCCGCCAGCGGCAAUGACAUGACAGGGAAGAACUUCUCCAAGAUGUGCAAGGAGUGUGGAGUCAUGGACGGCAAGGCUGUGACCAGCACUGACGUUGACAUCGUCUUCAACAAAGUCAAGACCAAGGGUGCCCGCACCAUCACCUUCGCCCAGUUCCAGCAGGCCAUGAAGGAGCUCUGCGGCCAGCGCUUCAAGGGCAAGGCCCCCGAGGAGGCGCUGCAGGCUGUCUACGGCCUCCUGGAGGGCAAGGAGCCUGCCAACGUGGGUGUCACGAAAGCCACCAAGGCCGGCGCCGUGGAGCGGCUGACGGACACGAGCAAGUACACGGGCAGCCACAAGGAGCGCUUCGACGAGAGCGGCAAGGGGAAGGGGUUGGCAGGCCGCGAGGAGCUCACCGACAACAGCGGCUACGUGGGCGCCUACAAGGGCGCUGGCACCUAUGACAAGACGCACUAG